GUGUGGUCCGCCGCGGUCGCGUCGCUACCUCCGUCUAGCGCUUUGCCCGAAUCGUACCAUAAUAUUUCUCUGACCGGCUGCAGUUUGCGGCAAGGUCAUGUUGCCAAUGAAGCCCGGAAGCCCUCAGCCCGAGGGCUCCAUGGAGAAAAAGCCAAUCGCGGGCAUCCCCCGCGUGGCUCCCACCACCAAGGACAAUGCCCCCGUGCAUAUUGAUGUGGGGGGUACCAUCUACACCUCAUCUUUGGAGACUCUGACUGCAUAUCCGGACUCCCGUCUCGGCAAGAUGUUCAACGGGACCAUCCCGAUAGUGUUGGACACGUUGAAGCAGCACUACUUCAUUGAUCGCGACGGGGAGAUGUUCCGUCACAUCCUUAACUUCUUGCGCAACAAGAAGUUGCUGCUGCCGCAAGACUUCAAACAAGUGGAGUUGCUGCUCACCGAGUCGCAGUAUUUCGAUAUCGAACCGAUGACGGCCGCCUUGACUGAUAUGAAGAAGCUGCAAGAUAUCGCUGAUCAGGAGGUCGCUUGGAUUGGAGCUGCCACUGACCGCCUCCGCAAGGAGACUGAACUACUAUUCACAGACAAGGUGAAUAAGCGACGCGAGAAUAACUGGUCCUGAAGCUCGCGGCCAUUGCGUCGAGGCCCCAACGCCAGGAAGCGCAAUUACCCUUGAACACACGUGGAUGGUGGGCAAAUUUUU